CCUAGCAGCCAGGCAGGCAAGGCAUAGCUCUCUUCGCGAGCUCAACCCCCAGUUUCUCUCACUUCCCGUCUCUCUCUUGUCCCACUCCGUCUCUUUCUCUCUUUCUCUCUUCACCCCUGCCGCCGCGACACACGUCGCCUGCAGCGGCGGCGCGCUUCUCCGGGGAAGAUACGCGAUAGUGUGCAGUUGCGCAUCGACCUCCGGGACGUGCACAACGGGUGGAGGCGCUCCUCGUGAGUGCAGCGGCGACGGUGGUGGCGGAGGCGGUGGCGCUUAGGCGGGGUUCCCGUCGUCGCUUUCUUUCCCUCGCGGAAGACUAGGUCGUCCGGAAGGAUAUCAUUAUCGUCGUCCUCGUCAUCGUCAUCGUCGUCGUCGUCCUUACGGUCGAGAAAAUGUCGCAAGUGCCGACGACCACUGCCGUUCGCGAUCCGCGAUUUUAGCAUCGUCUUCAUCAUCAUCAUCAUCAUCAUCGUCGUCGAGCCGACAUGCCGUCGUUCCAAGUCAACAACCAGGUCCGGAUCGCUUCGCCGUCGGAAUUGUCACUGUGAUAUGCUCGAUUCGUUGGCGAAUUAUUAUGGUAAACCAAAUCACCUGUGUAUCAUUUAUUAUGACCCGGUUAUGCCGGGUGUGGAUUUAAAUCGGUCUCGCAGGUGUUUUGGAGCGAAACAGGUGUUUACGGCGCCGCGGGGCUGAUUGAUUUAAAAUCCGUACGCGAUCACCUUCCAGACUGUAGGAUAGUAGAACGAUUGAUGAUGAUGAUGAUGAUUCUUGUUUGGCAACCGUCAUCAUCAUCAUAACUUACUUUAGGGAAAUCGUUUCAGUUCAGCUUAGAUGAUCAGGAAAUUCUAAAUGAAACCCCUUUAAGAAGCAUGUACAGCAAUGGACUGGUUUCUCGCCGAGCAGGAGAUAGCUGAUACCGGAGGAGGAUCCGAGAACAACGACAGACAACAGUGGUGUCGCUCGGUGCAUCGCAUCCUGUCGCUGCUGUUGUUGCUGCUGCUGAUCGCUGACGCGUCGAACGGCGUUGGCGUUGGGGGCGGCACGGGUGGAAGCAGCGGAGCUGGUGGAGGAGGAGGAGGGAUUAGUGGUGUCGGAGGAAGCGGCACCUGCGGGUUGGCCGAGUUGACAUGCCGGGACGGCCGAUGCGUGCCGAUCGACGCUUACUGCAACGGCGAGGAUGACUGCGGCGACGGCAGCGACGAGCCGGCGAUGUGCACCCCGUGCAACCGCACCUACCACGGUCGCGAGGGACGCACCUACAAGCUGGAUCUGCCCAGACCCGCCGAGGAGCGUCUGCCCUUUCUGUGCCACCUGACCUUCACCGCGGCCGGACAGGGCUACGGCGAGCUGGUCCAGCUUCUCUGGGACGCCUUCAGCGUCGGUCGCGUCGACCCGAACGCCAACAACUACUUCACGAGCUGUCCCGAGGGCUCGCUCCAGCUGGCCGAGCUAGGUAGACACUUCACCGGGGGCUCCUGGUGCGGUGUCGGCGAGGGUCGAGCGUCAUAUUACAGUGAGACCAGUACAGUCACUGCCUCCAUACGGCUGUUUCACGCGCCGUCGACGGUGCCGUUCGAGUUCCGUCUCCGUUUCCGCUUUGUCUCGCGCAACGAGGCGGUCGCCCGGUUGGGCAAGCCGGACCUGCCGGUGGAACGGGGUUCCCCGGUACCUGGAACCUACUGCUCCCGCAACUUUUACGAGUGCCACCUGAAGCAGUGCCGUCUACAGAGCCCGAACUAUCCCGGCGAGUAUCCGCGCAACGCGAGCUGCCUGAUUACCGUGCGCCAGAAGGAAGUGCCCACGUGCAAGCACGCGAUGAUAUCUGUGAAGCACACGCCGACCGGUCCGGUCAGCCUGAAUGCCGCCGUAAACACCAGCCUCAGCGUCUGGCAGGACUGUCCGCCGGAGCGGGACCGGCUGAUCUUCCGGGACGGCGCGCGCACUGAGGACCCGGUGCUCCUGGUGUACUGCGGCGGCCCACUGCCGACAAUAACCGCGCGCGGGCCCGCGAUGCAGGUGGAGUUUCGCAGCUCGCCGGUCGCGGUGCCGUUGGGCGCCGCGUCUCUGCGGCUCGAGCUCGAGCUGCGGGUCGUCUAUGUCGACUCGGACGGCCUGGACUACGCGAAGGGCGCCCAGGGCUGCCACUUUUUCAUUAACGGCACCGGAGUCGGCGCCAAGAGGAGCGGCACCAUAAGGGCGCCGUUGCACGCACUGCCGCCCGGCUCGAGCUGCACCUGGAACAUCAAGGGCGCGAUCGGCGACCGUGUCUGGAUCUACUUCUCGUCGUACUCGCAGCGCGAUCUGACCAGCAACGGCGAGAACAACGCCAGCAACGGCCAGUCGGCGAUGGACAGCACGCCAUUGUCCCUGCUCUGCGCCGUCAAGCUCGUCUUCUGGGACGGGGCGCCGAAUACCGGCCAGCCGAUGGCCACGCUCUGCGACGACACGCCUAAACUCUGCGCUCACGCGGCCUUACGGAACAUCACCAGGAGCACGAGGCCCUGUACCGAGGAGGAGAGCUACCUGACUGCCGCACCGAGUCUCACCCUACGGAUGGAGACCGUUCUGGGGACCGCUCUUCAUCCGAUCAACUUCCACGCGCGUUACGAGUUUGUCUCCACCCUUCAGCCGGGCGAACCCUGGGGCGAUGGUAUCUGCAGCCGAGUGUGGCGCAAAGCACGCUCAGGUGAAGUGACAUCACCCCGCGACGUGCGUCUGUUCGGCCGCGGUGGUUCCAGCAAGUUAGACUGCAGAUACCGGGUGGAGGCCGGCAGCGGUGAGCGGGUCCGCCUAACGUUGCACAACGUCAGUCUAGGCGAGUCCACGAUGUGCACGAGCGACUCGGACCCGCACACCGGUAGACCGCGCUGCGUCCACGAGAUUGGCUCCAGGGAGGCGCGGCUGGUUCUCUACGAGGCGCCGUGGCGAGACGUGCGGGUGCCCCGGGCGUGUCUGUGCGACAAUACGUCGCACCUGCCGCUCACAUACAUCUCCUCCGGCCGGGCGGUGGAGAUCACCUUCCUGGUGGAUCAGCAGGCGCCGCACGAGGACUUCGAGACCCUCUUCUUCUACGCCAGCUUCGAAUUGAUCCGCGUGCCGGAGUGCCCGCGCAAGCAGCGACUCCGCGGCGAGGGUGGCGAGCUGAGAUUCGUCUCGCCACCUCUAUCGCGACCGGACAUCUACUGCGACGGUCUCCCGUGGGUGGUGGAGGCGCACGAGAACCGGUCGCUCUUUGUCCUGACCUGGGGUUGGUUUCUGCCGCUGGAGCCGCCGGUCACCGGCCCGGAUACACCUGGUGGUACCGGUACCGGCGACCAGACCAAGUGCCCGACCACCAAUCGUAUCCUCCUGUACUCCGGCUGGCCACCGAAGCUGCUGAAGGUCGUCUGCCCGGCGGAGCCGGGCGCCCGCGAAUUCACCGUGCACGUGUUCUCGGAGGAAUGGUUAGGUGCGACAGAAGAGGGCAAGUGGCCGGGUCCGCCGCGGCCGCCCGCCCUGUUGCUCGACUUUGUCGCACGGGAAUCCGGCCAGGCGGCCGCCUCCUGGUUGGAGAUCUCGAAGAGCCGCGCGGCGCUGCGCCGACAGCUACGUCUUCCAGAGAGGGGCGUGAUGACGGAGAACGAGACGAACGGGAUGCCGGCCCACGUAGGCGACUGCCCGCACAAGUGUCCCGAGCUGGGCGCGUGCAUCGCCGCCAGCCUCUGGUGCGACGGACAUGAACACUGCCCAUCCGGCCACGACGAGGCCAACUGCGGCAACGGCGCCCGACUCCUGGGCCUGCUGCCCUCCACCGUCUGGCUCGUCAUGGCCGGCGUCGCUGGAAUUGUCACUGCCUUCGCGUGCCUAUUCACUAUUCUUAUUAGCAGAUCCAAAGCUCGCACAAAGAGACUUCACUACAAGGGAACGAAGAAGAGCAAGAAGCCGCGACGAGCACCUACGGAGGAGACGCUCCUCGGGGCGGCGUCCUGACAUCAGCCACCCGGUUUCGUGGAGUAUAUUCACGUGGACCGGGAAACGACUGUCUAGCGACGCUAUAUUCUGUGUGCUUCACCGUCCAACUGACUAACUCUAUUCGAUAGAAGAAGAAGAAGAAGAAGAAAAUGAAAAAAAGAUCUCUCCCGUGGUGCCAUAUAUAUGUAUAUAUACAUAUAAUUGCGUGGCGGUGACGAAUUCUCGGAAUUCCUACCGCGUCUUCUCUUUUUUCGCCUAUUCGUUCCCGAAGAUGAAGAAACUAAGCUCGGUUUUGCAUGCGUUCGUUCUCGAUUCGAGAUGCCGAAACAAAAUCGCAGGUAGCAAAUGAUAUUUGGUUCUUUAUUGUUAAACUGAUAAACUAGGACACAGUGGUGCUGCACUAAGUCAAAGUCUGGUCUUUUCAGUUGAAAUGGUUGCACUCAGAAUUUAUUUUUUUUUUACUCGACAUUGAAAGAAAAAAAAAUAAACUCUGAAUUAGCGUAUCUACCCAAGUAGCAAAAUGACGUCAUUAAAUGUCAAAAUGAUGUCUAAUAACGUCAUUAGACUUCAAAAUGACGUAUGCUUGCUAGCUGGGUAAUUUAGCUAAAAAAUACAUCUAAAAUAUACUUAAGUUUGUUCUCUUCAGCUGAACUAGUUGCACUAGUUUAUAAUUUAUUUUUUUUACUCAACAUUGAAAAGAAAGAGAUAAAUUUUGAAGUAGUGCAUCUAUAUAGUUCAGUUGAAAAGAACAGGCCUUUUAACUUAUUACACCACUGCACUAGUUCACCAGUGCAGCAAAGAGAAUAAACUUACUAUAUCCACCACCGAAUGUCUUCUGUUGGCGAGAUAUUAUAGUGACAUAUUUAUUUGUGAUAGUUCCCUAUAUAUAUUAUAUAUAUACAUAAUAAUAAUAAAAUUGAGUGCUUUCCAGCAACGAAACCCAGUUACACAGUAUUAAAUUGUAGCUGGAAGGCUCAACUUGCUUACUUCACCUCUAGAAUGCAAGGUAGUCACUUUAAAUAGCUUCUUCCAUUUUUUUUUUGUUUUAGCUCCUUUACUAUUGAAAUACCAUUUUAUAAAAUAAUACCAAAUGUAAAAAUGUUGGUAUUGGGAUAAUGCAGAAUUGGGAUGAUACAAAUCAACAGCAUUUUAGCUAUAUACGAUUCUGUCGAUGUUGAAGAGCCCUGGGUCGUACACUGUGUCACCUGUACGUUGCUGAAGAGCACCCAUUAAGUAUUAAACAUACACACACGUACACAAAGACUUAGAUAUAGCUUUAAGCACGUCUUACCAGGACGGAAAGUAAAUCCCAGAAUUGUCUAGCGGGAUUCAGGUGUGAAGAGUACUAAUAAGUCUACCUUUUAAAUGCUAUUAUUACCUGAAGAGUCUCGCUAACGCGCGUUCACACAUAGCGAUAAUUAUUUUAGAGAUUAGAAGAGAGAGAGAGAGAGAGAGAGAGAGAGAGAGAGAGAGGGAGAGUAAGAGUAAGAGAGGGAAAACGAGUUACGAAUCUCUCGCGAAUUAUUCUAACAAAAAAAGAAAUAUAUAUAUAUAUAAAUAUAUAUACAAAAAAUAAAAAAUAGAGAUUAGAGAGCCGAAAACAAAAAAAGAAGAGUACGUUUUACGAAUAAGAUCAUAUAUUUCAGAAUUAUAUGAAUAACGAGAUUAAUUGAACGACGUUGAAAUAUAAUAUAAAAUGUGUAGUUGAAUAACAGAGAUGAAAACAGGUCAGGGUUCAUAGAAUAUAUAGGUAUAUGUAUAGGAUGAAAGAAAAUAUGUGAAAAAAAAAAAGAUAUAUACUUCUCGUCGCAUGAGAAUCCACGGUUUCGUGCGGCGAAAUUAACAAAUAUACUGCCUUUUUCGCACGUGGAAAUAUUCUAAUGUCAAAGAUAAUUGCGUUUAUAUACAUAUUCGCGAAAAAAAAUUCCACACUUUCAAUUUUUGGGCUGUAGAUUAUCUCAUAUACAUAUAUAUACAUAUGUGAAAAAUUUAUUUACAUCUCGUCGCA